UCCCCGCCCCGCCCCCCCCAGCAGCUCCGCGGUGACACCGAGCAGGAAGUGCGCGGCGGGGGCAGAGCGGGGGCCGCUGCUGCCGGAGCCAGCGCCGCCGCCAUGAACAGCAAAGGACAGUUUCCUGCCCAGCCCUCCUACCCGCUCCAGUCUCCAGCCGGUGUCUACCCCCAGACGCUGCCGCUGCCGCAGCCGCCCCCCUACACCGAUGCCCCCCCGGCUUAUUCUGAGCUUUACCGUCCCAGCUUUGUGCCUCUGGGUGCUGCCACUGUGCCUACAAUGUCUGCAGCAUAUCCAGGAGCUUCUGUCUUCCUGCCCAUGGCCCAGUCUGUGGCUGUGGGGCCCAUCAGCUCCUCAGUCCCCAUGGCCUAUUACCCUGUGGGACCCGUGUAUCCCCCGGGCUCCACAGUCCUUGUGGAAGGGGGCUUUGAUGCUGGAGCAAGGUUUGGGGCUGGUGGGACAGCCAGCAUCCCUCCCCCCCCUCCUGGCUGUCCCCCCAAUGCUGCCCAGCUGGCUGUGAUGCAGGGAGCCAACGUCCUGGUGACACAGAGGAAGGGAAACUUCUUCCUGGGAGGUUCAGAAGGUGGCUACACCAUCUGGUGAAGAAGGAAGGGGAAAAGUGGGGGGGGUGGGGGGUUUCAUUUGUGUAAGGAAAGACAUCACUUACUGUCAGCACUUCUCACCAUGUAACUGCUUUCAUCCAUAUUAACCUGAAGCUGCAGGUGAGGCCCACAGGGGGGAGGUGUCUUCCUGUGCUCAGCCCUGCAAGCCUUUUCCAAGGGAAACAGGAAAACCCUUUGGAUGUCAGUGGUGCCUCUGGUCAAAAGGGGAGGGAGAGGUUUAAUUUGUGAAAUGAAUGUGAGCUCAGCAGCCCUGCCUCUUCCUUUCAUUUCACUGGAGUAAUCCCACAGUGCUGAGCUUUUACUAACACUGACCUGGGGAGGGAGUGGAUCUGGUGUCUCCUGCCUGCCCUGGCUGUGCUGGGCUGCUGGUCCCACAGCCACAAACUCCUCAGGUUUCCCCAGCAAAGGUGCUGGGUGGAAAAGCAAGGCAAAUUUUGCUUCCUCACAGCAGGGGAGGCAUCUUGGCCCUUCUUUCUUCCUGACCUUGCUCUAGAAGGGAUCUCUGGAAGCUCGCUGUGCUCACAUUUGUCCCUUGUUUUCCUCCAGGAAGGUGUGCAGCUGGCAUGGAUCAUGGGCUUUUUUUUAUACACUCCAAGUAAUCUUGGAUUUCUUUGCACAUUAGAUCUGAUCAAAGCCAUGCUUUGGUGCCAGAAACACAAUGCAACUCAUGUUGGAACAUUUCAUUUGAUGCUAAUGAGGCUUUUAGAGCGAUGCUUAAUAAAGAAACUUUUUUUUUUCUUUUUCUUUUUUUUUUUUUUUAAAUUCAACCUGGUGUCCUGACACCAAAUCUCCUUAUGGCUGUUGUUCAAAGACUGUCUGGUUCCCAUCUGUCCCAGAGUGUGUAGCAACCCUCAGUCAAAACACAAAUUAACUUGGUUAAUAGGUUGUUUCAUGAAUGCAUACUUUCAAAAUUACUUGGGUAUAGUGGAGUCUUAUUAGGGUUAGGAAGAAUAUUUCAGGGUUCCUCAAUGUUUGGGGUUUUUUUUUGCUUUGUUUUAUGAAGAAAAAGAUCAGAUUCAAAUAUAUUUUAUCUGGAGGUUUCUGUUUAAUCUAAAUCUGUCUUGUAUAUGUUGUGUUUAACCAUACAACUGACUGUUAAAAGUCCAGCAUUAUGUCUCUUUCUGUAUACACUGUGGUGCACUUAACUUGUGGAUUUUUUUAUACUAAAAAGAAAAAAAAAGAGUAGAAUAAAGACUAUUUUGAACAUUUGAAUAAAGUAGCAAAUUUGCACUAGACCUCAAAUAAAACCCCAGGCUCCUGCCCACCGCAA